UUGUCCUUUUAACCGGGCUGCUCGGAAGGGUCACGUUUUCUCCCCAAUUCUGCUGCAACUUAAUCAACUUGGACAGUCAACAAACAAACAUAUUCAAAAGUCAUGCGAUAAUACAGCAGCUGUUUGUUGGAGCGACGUGCGACAUUACACAAAGCUUAAUGUCAAUACUCUGAAGCACGAUUACACUGUGAACAUGAACUCUGAUGGACAGAUUGUGGCUGCAUCCAAACCUCUUCAUUUCAUAGGAAAGAAAGAAGACAUCAUUCAAGCCGGGCGAGUUGUGAAGUCUGUGUGUGACAGAGAUGUUCUCGUGCUUUACCACCAGGGGGACUUUUAUGCCAUCGAUGGUCGCUGCUACCACGCUGGAGGUCCUCUACACAAAGGAGAUAUAGAGGAGUUUGGUGGCCGGUCAUGUAUAGUGUGCCCGUGGCAUAAGUACAAAAUUACAUUAGCUGAAGGUGAAGGACUCUAUCAGGCAGUGGACCCUUCUGUGAAGCCCUUGAAACCAACCUGGUGCUCUAAAGGUGUUAAACAAAGAGUACACACUGUGACAGAAUCUAAUGGAGAUCUGUUACUCACCUUGAAUGACUCACCAGGGGCGAUUGACUCUGAUCAUUAUCAAACUGAGAAAUAUAGAGACACUUUUAUGAAAGAAGGAACAAAAAAAGGAAAAUGACUAUAGAAGGGGACGUGAGAUAAAAGAUGGACUCUGGUUAAAUUAUAUAACAAUGUGAGAUUUAGCCCCUCAGCUUUGGGCUUUCUUUUCUGGAAUAAAAGAUUUUCUGUUAUUUUAUAUUCUAUGAUUAUAAAAAAGGCGUAGUUGUUUAUUUAAGUAACAUUGGUGUUUUUUUGUAAAUAUAAAUUGUAAAUUAUUUAUAACAUGAUACAUUAAAU